AUGGUGAAAUAUUCAAAAAUUGUCGUCGUGCUUACGGUCCUCGCCGGAAGCAUCAAGGCUCAAGAUCCGCCAAAGCUUCCCACCAACUUUCCGCUCUUCACAGACGGAAUAUCUUCCGCGCCAUACCUCGUCAACUUCCCAAAUAUACACGAAUUCCACAAGGUCAAGGGUAGCAUUACAAGCAACUCUCAAGGUACAGUUCAUGUGUACGUAAAUUCUGGCGCGACGGAGCAGUCAGUUUUCUUGGAAGGCGUAGUCUACAACAACAACUACGUCCAUGUACCAUUGAGAACCCCUGGAAACCAGCAACGUCCACAGAUAAAGCCAGGCGAGGUCUUAGUUGAAGCAAAUACUGAAAAGUUCUGGCCUCAGGGCACUGCUUACACUAGACGAGAAAUUGUCCAAUUCGGCUGCAAUGAUGACGGUACCAGAUGUGCCACCGAAGGCUUCCGCUAUAGAGAGAAUGGUGACAUUUACAACGUCAACGAAGGGACAUUUAACCCAAAUGGUAAUGGCCAUGUACACGCUGGUGGAGCUCACUUGGACCACAGCCUUGUAGAUGGCUACACAGCCAAAAUGCUCGUAGCUCCUGACAGCGAGAGGUGUCUUCCAUACGGCUGCACCGAAGACCCGACCGGUGGUUGGUGUCCAAAUACCCACAAGGUUGUUCUUAGUGACGAGCCAAAUCAUGCGGGUUGUGCCUCCGAUUGCAAGAUUUCUAAUACUGAUGCGGCAUGCUGCCGAGGGAUCCAUGAUCACAACCAGUGCCGAGCAUCUAGCCAGCACUUCUCUAACCGAUGCAAGAAUUCAUAUGCCUAUGCAUAUGACGACAGAGCCGGUCUGAGAUUUUGCAAAGAAGUUCCAGACGUGAUCUAUCACUUCUUCAACAUGGACUUGGAUUGUGAUUGGGCAGUUAUCGACCCCGAUACAAAGGAGCUAUCUGCCGAUUCGAGAAAAUGUUUGAAUAGAUUAAUUCAAGCUCCGGCCUAA